CCAAGAGGUAUAUUACGUAACAAGUCCGUAUCUGAGGGACACAAGACCCCUUCUUCCCAGGAAUUGGAUCGUCAAGAGGUCAUUAAGAACACACGUCUCAACGCCCAAGCUUUGGCUGACAGUUCAGAGGGCGAUAAAAUUAGAGCUCAGAUAGCAGCCAAGUCAGACCACGAGCAAAAGGAAGGCGAGCACUUGAAGUGGGAUGAAUUGAACCUAUACAAGACAGAACAAGAGAAGAAUUCGACCAUGAAAAUUGAUGAACCCAAGACCCCUUACGAAGGAGGGUUUGACCCUAAUGGCGAGUACUACCGGGAGGACAAUGAAGAAGAUAUCCCAGUAUUUGAGUUAGGAGAGGGAGAGAAUGACGGGGUUAACGGAGUCGUGGGCUCCUUGAAUGGGGGUGAAGUGUUGAAGAGAGACGACGAAGACUACGAAGACGAAGACGAAGAGGAAGAGGCUCCCCAACUCACUGCUGAAGAAAGACACCACAAGUUCGAAGAAAUGAGAAAAGCUCAUUACCACAUGAAAGGAAAGGCCUUGAAAAAUAACAUU